UUAGGGCCGCCGAGUCCAACCUGUCCCAGUUCCCGCCAAGAAGUGCUAGCUAUUGCUGCUACUUUCCCGCCAUCGUUUCCCACUUAUCCCGCCAAAUUUCCCUUGCUCCAAAAUCCACCAAUUCGCUGUGACUCAACUCGUUUUUCUCUUUCACGCGCAAAUAUGCACGCACGCACAAGCAUGGAAAAAACUCCAGAGCUCAUCUCCAACAAACGGAAGAGGUCAUCCUCUGCCUACGAUCCUUUCGUGGGGAUCUUCACCCGCAGCAAAGCCCAUAUCUAUUUUCACUGCAAUCGCUCUGGUCUAGCCCGCUCCGACUCAUUUCGCCGCAGCAAACACCGCGCCAAUCUCCAGUCAAGCACGGUUAGAUUCUUGUCGAAGACUCAAUUCCAAUCCCACAACAAGAAACCCAGACGAAAAUCAGAAAGAAAGUUGUUGCAAAGUUCUGCGGAUGCAGAUGAUUUGCCCGGCAUGAUGGUCAAAGAUCUUCGAACGAGACGAAUUUUCUCUUUGGCUUCAAUGGCUAAUAAUUGCGGGUUAUGCUUUGAUGAUAAGGAGGAAGAGGGGUCUGAGAAACGGAGUGGAGGAUUGGAAAAAGAAGGGUUUUCUUCUGCUUCCAGGAAUUUGGAAGGCAUGAAAUGCGAUUCCUCCAUUGACAAAGAAGAUGUUGGUUGGAACUAUUUUGAUAACGUAAAACAGGGAGAAGACAAAGACAUCGUGAAAUCAAGUGUGGGAAGUACUAACAAAGAGCAUACCAGUGCGAAUUCGACUGUGUCUCAAGGGAAUGUCAAGAGUUCUGAAGAUGUUGAGAUUUCAAAUGAGGUAGGCGAGAUGAAUGAAGAAUGUAUGCAGGCAACACCCCCAGAUGCUGAGAUCCUUUAUAGGGAUAAAGUUUCCUGGAACCUUUCAACUGAAAAUCUUCAGAACAGAGAGGGUUUUCAAAACAGCAUGGACAAGAGAAAUGGCAAUAAUUCAGGGCCCAUAUCAGUCCUUAACCCAUGGUCUAGAGUUAAAGUUUUCAGAGCUCCAGGCUCAUUCAGCUAUAGAAGAUUGCUACCUUACUUGAUGGAUAUGGUCCAAGAUAAUUCGUGUGCUCUCAGAAACGGUAAAUCGAUGGAUGAAUUGAAGACAGAUAGUCCUUCCAUGAAGAUUCAAGCUGGUGAUCCUUUGUCACGGAGUGUGCCGAUUUUCGCAGAUGGCUUAUCUAAUGGUACUGACUCUAAUUUAAUAUCUAUAGAAAAGCUUCCUAAUUCGUCAAUGCUAUUUGGUUCACAAAAGAAUCCUUGCAUGAGGGCUUAUUCUCCCAACUCAUUGGUUAAUAAAUGUUGUUCAAAACCACUUGCUGAUGAAGUGAAUGAGAAAAUUAAGAUAUUUGUUUCUCGGAAAGAUAAGAAUUUAGAAGGCUCGAACCCUGACUGCUAUCCAGGGGUGGACAAUCAUCAUCUAAAUGGACAUGCCAAUGAUACAAAACCCCAGGAUAGUCGAGAGAUUAGAGGAACCGUGAGAAAGUCUCCUCGCUGUGAUCAAGAUGAUACUAAUGAUAUAACGAAUGGUUUAUGUUUGAUUUCAGAGAAGCAUCAAUUAUGUGAAGGUCAUUCAUCUCGGCAACCCUGUUCCGAUACAAUCCAGACUGAGAGUUUGGAAGCAAAAGCAUGUGAUAUGAGUCAUGCUUGUAAGUCUCCUGAGCCGAACAAUACAAGCUCUAAUGUGUCUAAUGCAGAAGACAACAGCUGCACUGCAAAGAAGGAUGGCAACGACAAUGAUGUUCUGGAUAAAGUUGACGAUACAAAUGGAGAAUCCAUUCAGGAGACACUACCAAAUGCUGAAAUCGUUGGUAAACCUGUGGCUCAUCAGGGUGUGAAUAACCGAAUAGAUUUUGUCUCACAGGAUAAUGGUGAAGUUCUCAUGCAGCCACUGAAUGAAAGUUCUUGCAGAAUCAGCUCCUGUUCUGGUAGCAAAAGAAUGGAUUCCAUUUCUAAAAGCAAAUUGGGUUUAAGUCCAAGCUCACGACUGAAGCUAUUUAAGAUUAGAGACUCCUUUGGCUACAGAAGAUUGCUUCCAUAUCUGACGGAUAUUGCCAAAAAUAAUUAUGGUGAUUAUGGAAAUGGAUGUUGCCCAAAACUUGAGAAGAGCUUAGAAGAAAGCCAAUCCUCACAAUUACCAAUACCUGAACUUUACGAAACUCCUGCAAAGAAUUUAAAUCACAGGAGUUAUGGUAUGGAGCAUGAUACUGAUUCAUGCACUCUGGAAAUGGCUACCUUGCCAACUGCCAAUCAUGUAUCUGGUAGUAAUCAUUUGAAUCUGAUAUGCUCUAAGCAGAAUAGUGACUCUCCUAUGUCAAAUGGCUCACGAGAAGAACAAGAAUCGGAAGUCGUGGACAUGAUAUCAGAUCAUCAAGAUGGACAGUCAAAUGACGUCCCUACCAUUGUGAGACUAGUUUCUGGAAGCAGUUCAGUCACUACGCCCCUUUGUUCUUCUUUUGUUUGUCCUACAUCUUUCUCUGCAGAUGAUGGAAACUCCGUUUCACAUGAAAUAUCUGCUGAUGCUGAAGAGGGCUGCAGAAAAUCAGCAGUGAAAAUUACUAAUAGUGCAAAGCCAGCUGACACAGGCUGCUUUUCUCAAAAUUCAUCUAAGGUUGAAGUCUCUGAUCCUUUGGGCAUUCAUGCCCAUGAUUCCAGGAAGGGCAUUCUUAAAAGAGUUCCAAGGGGAUGCAAAGGACCCUGCAUGUGUUUAAAAUGUGCUUCCUUUCGCCUCCAUGCAGAGAGGGCAUUUGAGUUCUCCAAAAAUCAGAUGCAGGAUGCUGAAGAAGUGACCCUAGAUUUGAUAAAGGAACUAUCUCAUUUGAGGAAUAUGCUUGAGAAAGCUGCAUUUGGUUCUAAUGAUAAUCAUGCUAUUUGCAUCAAUGAGGUGAAAAGGGCUUGCAAGGAAGCAUCUGAAGCGGAAGAACUAGCAAAAAGCCGCCUUAGCCAAAUGAAUUAUGAUCUUACUGUUCACUGCAGACUACUAUGUGAGCAGCGACCAAGGGUGAGAUUUUCCAAUAAUGUUGAAGAAAGAAUAAUUUCACAGUUGAAUUGUGAGCAAAGUUCAAAUUGAUGAGAGUACCGCAGAGAAGAAAAUUGAUACACUUUAUAUGAUUGCAACUUCUGAGCUUGAUGAGUGCUUGGCCUUGAAGAUACAUCCCAAAAAAAACUUGCAUGUACUGCAAUUAGCUAUGAAUAUUGAUUUUAAUGUAAAUGCUAAUAGAAAAGGUGUUGUUGAUGCUGCAUACCGCACGAGUUAGUUCUCCAGUGCCCACUUAUGGAAGUUGCUAAUUUAUUGAGCUCUUUAAACUGAUCCAUUGCAAUUUCAAUCUUUGAUUUCUGAUGA